GUAAAGGGCUACGGUACCCACAUGAUGAACCACUUAAAGGAUUACCAUGUCAAAAAUAAUGUUCUUCAUUUUCUUACCUUCGCUGACGAGUUUGCCAUCGGUUACUUCAAGAAACAAGGAUUUAGCAAGGACAUUCAGCUGUCCCGCGCCGUGUAUCAGGGCUACAUCAAAGAUUAUGAGGGAGCUACGCUAAUGGGCUGUGAAUUAAAUCCAAACAUUGUUUAUACAGAAUUUACUGCUGUUAUUAGAAGGCAGAAGGAGGUAAGAUACUACCUCUUUUGUAUACUUUGCCAGUAUAUACCAUUGUUUGUGUCAUAUACUUCACUG